AUGGCAGCGGUCACUCUCACCUCGCACGACAUGAACGUGCUCGAGAAGAUCAAAGAUCCCGAUUUCAAUCCCGCGGCAGGUGUGCUUAUAGACGAGACCCUGCCGCGUGACCCGAACAUCGUUGACACGAGUGUCUACGACAGAGUUGUUGCUCAGGAACGCCGCAUCAUCCAGAAUAUCCAGCGGCUGGAAAUCGAGCUCAGCCAGUCAAUGGCGGAGAACUCAUCCGACACGGCCAUUGCACAAUACCAGCAGUGCGCUUCCGAUUUCGAUGCCCUGGUAGCCGAGUACCCCGAUUACGCCAGUGCCCGGAACAACAGGGCUCAGAUCGCUCGGAGGUUAUAUGGCGAUGCCAUGCUCAUGUCUCAAAUCCAGGGUAUGCCGAUGCCACUAGUUGAGAAUCCCAAUCAAGGCGAAAAGAGGUUGGCCGCAAAGGCGGCUUUGCAAGACCUCGAUACCUCCAUUCGAUUGCUAUCCCCUGCAUCUGUGAGUGCGCCCAUGUCGUCGCAGGCGUCGCGGACAUUGUCGAUGGCGCACACACAGCGCGCUGCGAUAUAUCUCAAGACAGCAAAACUCUUGCCAUAUCGAGACCUAGAUAUGGAUGGAUCGCGUCACGAGGCAAGCUGGGACAAAUUGAGAUUUGAAGAAGCCGCUUCGCGAGACUUGGCACUAGGAGGCCGUUAUGGAAAUCCAAUCGCAAAGGGCCUGGCCGUGAGCACCAAUCCAACAGCCAAGUUGUGCGGACAGAUCGUAAGAGAGGCGAUGAAGAAGGAGUACGGGCCAUCAUUUGGCGAAUGA